AAAUCAUUCUGAAAUUGCCAAGUGCCACAUACAUGGGAUGCACCCUGCUUUUAUCCGAGAGUUCAGCUCUGUGGCUUGGAUUUAUCGCAGCCGUGUCUGUCUUUGAUCUCCGUGUUAACUAGAAGUCAAGGGAAGACAUGAGGAGGUUUGUUUACUGCAAGGUGGUUCUCGCCACUUCACUGAUGUGGGUUCUCGUGGAUGUCUUCUUACUCUUGUACUUCAGUGAAUGUAACAAAUGUGAUGACAAGAAGGAGCGGUCCCUGCUACCUGCGCUCAGGGCUGUUAUUUCAAGAAACCAAGAAGGGCCAGGAGAAAUGGGAAAGGCUGUGCUGAUUCCUAAAGAUGACCAGGAGAAAAUGAAAGAAUUGUUUAAAAUCAAUCAGUUUAACCUUAUGGCCAGUGAUUUGAUUGCCCUUAACAGAAGUCUGCCGGAUGUAAGAUUAGAAGGAUGCAAGACAAAGGUCUACCCUGAUGAACUUCCAAACACAAGUGUAGUCAUUGUAUUUCAUAAUGAAGCUUGGAGCACUCUCCUCAGAACUGUUUACAGUGUUAUAAAUCGGUCCCCACACUAUCUGCUCUCUGAGGUCAUCUUGGUAGAUGAUGCUAGUGAAAGAGAUUUUCUCAAGUUAACAUUAGAGAAUUAUGUGAAAAAUUUAGAAGUGCCAGUAAAAAUUAUUAGAAUGGAAGAGCGCUCUGGGUUAAUACGUGCCCGCCUUCGAGGAGCAGCUGCUUCAAAAGGACAAGUCAUAACUUUCCUGGACGCACACUGUGAAUGCACAUUAGGAUGGCUAGAGCCCUUGCUGGCGAGAAUAAAGGAGGACAGGAAGACAGUUGUAUGCCCCAUCAUUGAUGUGAUUAGUGAUGACACCUUUGAAUACAUGGCUGGAUCAGACAUGACUUACGGGGGUUUUAACUGGAAACUGAAUUUCCGUUGGUAUCCUGUUCCCCAAAGAGAAAUGGAUAGAAGGAAAGGAGACAGAACAUUACCUGUCAGGACCCCAACUAUGGCUGGUGGCCUAUUUUCUAUUGACAGAAACUACUUUGAAGAGAUAGGAACUUACGAUGCAGGAAUGGAUAUCUGGGGUGGAGAGAAUCUUGAAAUGUCUUUUAGGAUUUGGCAGUGUGGAGGCUCACUGGAGAUUGUGACUUGUUCCCAUGUUGGUCACGUUUUUCGGAAGGCCACUCCCUACACGUUCCCUGGGGGCACUGGUCAUGUCAUCAACAAGAACAACAGGAGACUGGCAGAAGUUUGGAUGGAUGAAUUUAAAGAUUUCUUCUAUAUUAUAUCCCCAGGUGUUGUCAAAGUGGAUUACGGAGAUGUGUCAGUCAGAAAAACACUAAGAGAAAAUCUGAAGUGUAAGCCCUUUUCUUGGUACCUUGAAAACAUCUAUCCGGACUCCCAGAUCCCAAGACGUUAUUACUCACUUGGAGAGAUAAGAAAUGUUGAAACAAAUCAAUGUUUAGACAACAUGGGCCGCAAGGAAAAUGAAAAAGUGGGUAUUUUCAACUGUCACGGUAUGGGAGGAAAUCAGGUAUUUUCUUAUACUGCUGACAAAGAAAUCCGAACCGAUGACUUGUGCUUAGAUGUUUCUAGACUCAAUGGACCUGUAAUCAUGUUAAAAUGCCACCAUAUGAGAGGAAAUCAGUUAUGGGAGUAUGAUGCUGAGAAAGCAGGUAAAUGGGAAUAUAAUUUCCAGACCCACACUCUUCUUCACAUAAUCACCCAGUCCUGUCUCUCAGUAAGCAAAGUAGCUGAUGGCUCCCAACAGCCCGCUGUGGAAAUAUGUAAUGAUAGCCCUUUGCAAAAAUGGCUUCUAAGAAACUAUACAAGAAUGGAAAUUUUUAGAAAUAUUUUUAAGAAUUCUACUGAUUACUUUCUCAAAUAAUUUUGGAGAGACUCACCUUGAGACAUGUUAACAGUAAUCAAUGUCUAGA